UGUAUGGGCGCCCACAGGGCCAGGGAGGGUAUAAAGGGCUGGGCAGAGGACGCCUAGGCACAACCAGGCUUCCCAGUGCCAGGACUGGGCAAUAAGACUCACCUGUCCAGGAGCCUUGGGACCCUCCAGCCAGAAGCCAUGCUGCUGUGGCUGACCCUCGCCCUCCUGUGGAGCACCACCUGCUGGGCAGAGCAGAUUUAUGGGCUCGGAGGAGGCCGGUAUUUCAGUACCUCUCCAGACUAUUACAACGACGUCACUGGGAUUCGGGUGUCUGUAGGGCCUAUCUUUGGCCUGAUUAAGAGCAUCCAGCUGAGAUAUGGAUCCUCCUGGAGUAAAAGCCUCGGCGCCCAAGGUGGGAAGAUCCAGGAAUUCCUGCUGCAGCCGGGCGAACACAUUAUAGCCGUCCACGGCUCGUACAGGGGUUACCUCCAGUACCUGGUCGUAUACACCGACCAAGGGCGCUCGGCUGCAUUUGGGCGAGAAGAGGGCAACAGCUUCUCUGCCUCCCCAGACCAACCGUGGAAGGUGCUCACGGGAAUCUUUGGCCACCAUAAGCUCCUCGGCAUCACGAGCAUCGGCUUUCGGUGGGAUAGUAUUCGGUCCUUUGGUUGACCAUUGCACAAACAAGUGCAAACCCACAGGCUGAGAAAUGAGUGCUCCUGGGUCCCCAGGGAUGGGGCCCGGCUGAGGCCCUCUGGCUGGUGGUGGGCUGGUGGCACUGAGGUAUCCUUUCUCAACCCUGAAUAAUAAUCCACCAAUAAAUGAAUCUUCUGCAAGAA